ACGCACUAUAUUUUAACGAGUGUCCUGGAGGGUGAGCGGAUACUUAAUGGGGUGGUGCGUACUUAGUCGGGGCGUACGCAAUAGGAUUUGCUCGUUGGAUAAGUUUGUGGCGUGAAGACCAUGGCCGACCCGUCGUUGAUGCUGUGGGAGAAGCGGAAGCGCGUCAAGCCGACGCUGUUCCAAGUAGAAGUCAGCGUCAAGAAGGCCAAGGUCGCGGCGCCGCAGCAAGCAGCAGCGCGGAAGUCCACCCGACAGACACCGUCGCGAGGCAAGAAACCAACCCCCGAGCAACCUUCCAGCGACGACGAUGACGAUGAGCAGUCGUCGCCUUCACCGGCAAAGGAGGCACCUGCUGCUAGGGUCAAGCAAGUGUCGAAAGCAGCGGCACCCUCCUCGGUCCCUCGCGACGCAUCGAGGGUGUCGGAAGGCGUGCUGAGUUUGAUCGGCCAACCUUUCUACGACGAAGACAUGUCCGACUGGCACGGCACGAACGUCCACUUGGACGAGCUCGCGGAACUUCGUGGCAUGUGGCAGCUCCCAGCCGCGUGUCACAUCCUGUGGUUGCUCCAGCAGCCGCUAAAGUUGAAGGUGUACAACUCGCUGCGAGAGUACGAGGCGGCGCUGUUGAACCCGUCGACCAGCGCCGUGCUAGAAGAUGUGUUCACGAAGCUCCUGCUGGGUAAGAAGGAGCGCGAGCGGCUCAACUGCGGCCUGGGGCUGGCCUAUGAUUGGUGGAGCCAGCGACUAGCCGAGUACUAUACCGAACGGUACAAAAAAUGGACGGCGUUGAAGGAGAAGGCAGCCAAGGCGCGCCAGCAGCCCACCGCAGACGACGACGAUGACGACGACGAUGAUGAUGAUGUGACGAUUGGACUGAGCGAGGACGACGCGGCGCUGCUCAACGCAAUCACGACCAGCUUGAAACCCCUCGGCGCUCAGAAUCCGCUGGAGGCGAGUGGGUUUAAAGACGUGGCACCCAGCACCCGGUGCAAAUUGCUGCUGAAUUUGUGCGAAACGGUGCUCCAACAGCCUGGCAACUUGGACUACAUUCGAGAAAUGCAAGACGACGACUUGAGGAUCACGCCCAUUGGCGUGGAUCGGUGUGGGAAUCAAUAUUUUUUCUAUCCCCAAUUUUACCUCGAACGGAGAAUAUAUCGGCUGUCGGAAGGAGACAAGGUGUGGCAGUUGUGGGCGAAAGGCCUCGAGUCUGUGCAGGCAAUGCAUGAUGCGUUCGUGGCCGUCCAGAAGGGGCGGAAGUGGGCGGGAGAAGCAUUACUAUUGGAGCAUACGGACGCCAUGCUGGAGCUGAUGCGGCAGGAUAAGCUGGAGGCGCAGAAGAACGAAGACAAAGCCCUCAAACGAGCCAUCCUGGAAGCGAUGCCGCGGAAGCGGUCGGCGCGUAUCCAAGUCAAAGCGCUGGAAAAGUUUGAAGAUGAAAAGCUCAAGAGUGACCGGGCGAUGGCCGACGAAGCGACUCGAGCGGGUACGUUUAUUUUUCAGAGUGAGAGAUAAUAUAUAUAUAUAUAGAGCAAAAGCGCGUCGAGUUGCUGGCGAGCAUGGAGCGGGAGCGAGAACUGGAGCUCAAGAAGCUGGCCGCGUUGCGCGAACAACGCGUGGCCAUGAACGUCGACAGAGAAACCCGACGGCAGAAACGUCUGGAGCUGGAAGAGGCGCAGCUGGAGAAGGAGCGGCUGGACCGCGAAAGUCUGGAGAAACUUGCUCAGCAACAGCUGGAGCAACGCGAGCAACGGGCCCUGCAGCGACAGCAACCCCCAAAUUCGCCGACCGAAGCGCUGCCUGGUACCGACCACCACGAAGACGAGACGAACGCCCUGAAUCAAUCAAGCGCUGAUUGAACCGACAUCUAUGCAUAACACUCUGGUGUAACAAUAUAUGAUGAUCAUACACAAAUA